GAGCAACUUCCAGGUUGACUCUUCUGGCAGAACUAAGCAGGCAGGUUUGGUCUUGCCAGGCAAGGAGAACCAAGGUGGCCUUUCAAAGGUUGAGGGAGCUCCUUCUUUCUUGGCAGUAAAACCCAUCUUGGCUCAAAGGAGCCGGGCUUUCUACGGGCCAGCCUGGGACCCUCGAGGCCAAAUGUCUUCACCUGCUGUGAAAUCUGGAAAAAUAAGUGCUUACGCAGCAGUUAAAGUUGACCCCGAGAGCGACUAUUGUACGCCGGGAGCCUUUGAUCUGGAGCGGCUCUUCUGGAAAGGAAGCCCCGAAUACACGCAUGUCAACGAAGUCUGGCCCAGCCUCUACAUAGGAGACGAGAAAACAGCGCUUGAUCGGUACAGUCUUGAGAAAGCCGGCUUCACCCAUGUCCUCAAUGCAGCCCACGGACGGUGGAACGUGGACACGGGGCCCAGCUACUACAAGGACAUGGCCAUUCAGUACCACGGAGUGGAGGCAGACGACCUGCCCACCUUCAAUCUGAGCCAGUUCUUCUACUCUGCGGCCGAGUUCAUCCACCAAGCCCUCCAGGAUGAGACCAAUAAGAUUCUGGUUCAUUGCGCCAUGGGGCGCAGCCGCUCGGCAGCCUUGGUCUUAGCCUACCUGAUGAUUUACCAGCACAUGACUGUGGUUGAUGCCAUCAGCCAGGUGCUCAAGCACAGGUGCAUCCUCCCAAACCGCGGGUUCCUGAAACAGCUCCGAGAACUGGACAUAAAGCUGGCCUUGGAAAGGAGAAAUGGCGCCCGCAGGCUCAGCACUAGCCAAGAGAAGGCCAACCCAAAGAUUUAACAUACCCUGUUUCUUUGAAAAUAAGUAGUACAAAAUAAUCAAGGACUGUGAAAGAAUUAGGUAAAGAGAGUCGUUUUUACCCACCAAGGAAGGAACGAGGUGGGAGCGGAGAGGGGGGUGUAUAAUUGGUAGCCCUUCAAAAAUGUCUCAAGUUAGUUUCAGCUUGACCAUAUGCAGAGAAGGAAGGAUGGAGGGACCUUGGAGAAGAUGAGGAAGCCAGCUCUUCUAUAGGCAAGGAGAAGGGAAAGCGGCAAGCAAAUCUGACGAGGAUACUGUAUUAAACCAGUUGGGGUACCACAGUGUGCAGAAAGAGAAUAUAUACACUGUGUAGCUCUGGGUCAAACUGUGAAGUCCUGGGGACUUUCUGGCUUUGCAGAUGUUUUAUUACCCAACUAGGGUGCCAAAAGAAGAGCAAUCUGCUCAGAGAGCCAGUAGCAUGUAAAACAGAUCACCAUCAUCAUCCUCAUUGCUCUUAUCAACGGUCGUCAUUGCCAUCAUCCUCAUCUUAAAUCACUCCACUGUGGGAUGAAAUCCUUUGGGUCAUUAACUAUCCACUGCAUCGGAGCAGCAUGUUAAAAUUAUAAUCCAUAAACAUCAAUGAAGAGAUCUUCAUUUUGUAGUGGAUUGAUUUAAGAUCAUUUAUCACUGUCAACACUCUUCAUUAUUUUCUUCUGGAGGAUGUUGAUUUGUGCUUCACUGGGUUUUCUUUUGUGUUUAAAGAACAACCAGUGAGGCACAAGGCAUCCCCUCCAGAAGCAAAUUAGCAGGUCCAGCUUAGGUUGUCCACACGUACUUUUGUGGGAGUUUUUUAGAGACAGCAGUUAAAACACUUGCUGGGCUUCUCCUGGGAAGUUCCUGGCAUAGAUGGUGGUUAAGCACUCACAUUUAUUCCCACCAAGUUCCUGGUCAGAAUUAUUUUAUAUACUUUAUCACCCAGCUCCACAUUGGACUCUACUUAACCUUCCCUCAAUAACAUGUGGAAAUAUCUUGGAUUUGCGUAUUUUAACAUGAUAUUCAGCAGGCAGUGACUACAAAACUCAGAACCGUUUAAUCAGCGGCAGACACUGUUUCUGGGGAUAUGGGGAAAGACUUCAAAUUCUUAAAUGCUACAAGCAUGACCGGUUUUCAACACUGAACAUUUUUUCUUGUUCAGAUUUAAUUUUAGUUAUUUAUUUUCAGUAGAUCAUAAUGUCUUCCAGACAUCAUUUCUGGACAUCUAAAGCCACAUCAGAUGAACCUAGAAGCGAGGUAUUGUGAUAUCUGCAUGCUGGCGCUUUACCCCAAACUUUGUCGUUGUCCAAAACGACAAUAUGGAGAGCAUUGCAGUUAAACAGUGAGCAAAUUGUUAAUGCAGGCCUUCACAAAUAUUGACUAAAAAGAAACUAAAAACGCAGCUAAAUAUUAAUCUAUUAAUUUAUCAUCUGUUUAUGGAUAAUUCUAUUUCGGCAAUCAUUUAUUAUACUAAGGUUGUGUGAAAAUUCCUUAAUAGGCUUUUCAGUCCGAUUAUCCUAAUUUGAGUAGAUGUCCCCCACAAAACUAUGCUAGUCAACCCGAAUGACUCUGUGCCUUUAUUGUGACCAACGAUCUAUGCACAAUAAGAUACAAAGGCUGUAUUUAUAUGGAAGCCUUCCUACAAAAUUUUCAGUUUAAUGAAACACAGUGCACAACUUUGUGCUGAAUCCAUGUUUUCAAAAUGAAGAACAUCAGGCAAGUUUUUAUUCUAGUGAUCAGAUUACUCAGCAGUCUUAUAUAUACAUUCACCUACAUCCCACUACCUAUAAACUAUGUUCACUUAUUCCUCCUGUCUGUGGGAAUCGGGUGGUUUAAGUCCCAGACUGAAAAAGUAAUCAAUCCUUCACGAAAUUGAAGAGCUUGAUAGAUUCAGCUAUGCUUGGUUGCUAGAGGUUGACCAGGGGUCAAUCUUCAAGUAUUUGAAGGGAUGUCAAACAGAUAUUUAUCCCAUUUAGCAAGAUGUGGGGAAGCAGACCAUGGUUAAAUGUUAGGAAGAGCAGCCCAGCAACAAUGGAACAAAUUAUCAUGGUGGUUUAUGGGAUUUCACGUAAAGGUUGAACAACUAUUUGCUUAAAAUGCACCCAAAGAGAGACCGAUUCACUGAUCUAAUGCCUCCUUGCAAUAAAGGUGUGCAUGAUGCAAAAACAUGAAAUAUCAAAAUACAACGAAAUAGGUACCAAGGCCACUGAAUACAGUUACCAGGAAUUAACCUCAACUCAAGGCAUCUUGACCUUUUAAACCUAUUCUCCCUUCUUUAAAAAAAUCUAACACAUUAUCCUCUUAGACUGCUAGAAUAGCCAUUAUUUUAUCCGGAUUAGGCUGUAUUUUUUCACUUUUGCUAACUCAACUGAUCUCAGACAUCCUUCAUUAACUCUUUACCCUCCCUUGCAACAUCGGAGCAUUAGACACCUCCACAUCUGUCUCUCCUUUCUCUCACCCAAGCUCCCCCAACAUUGGAGCCUCACCCAAUCACCCCUAAAGCCAUCUUUACAACCCAUUGUCGACCAAUCUCGACAGUCUUUGGGGGAGAGGUGGGAAAUUCAACCCACUCUUUCCCCUCCCCAGCAAUCUAGCCUGGAGAUGGGAAUGUUUUUAAGCACCACGUCAUUCGGGUAGAAGGUGGGGAAUGAAAAGUAAGGUGGCUUCUCUCUGAGUUGGCCUGCCUUUAUCUCUGAUUCAGCAAGGGAAAGAUAAACAUCUCAGCCAAGGUUAUCACGCAGCCUCCGGAGAGAGGUUGCUGGAUUUCCAAGAUUUCGAGCCAGGUCUUGUGAUCUAGAACAAAUGGCGGGAAGCUCCAUCGUUUCUUUCCAAUUGCACCAGUUAUCUCGAGACAGUAGGCUAAAGUGGCUCAUAAUUUAUUUUUAUGUUAAAAUGUACAGCUUGUUUUUGUUUUAUUUAAGUGACUAAAAAGUUGACAUAAAUACAA